CCGCAUUUUGGUCAUUAAGAAAAGCGUUUACAAAAAAAAUGACCGAUCACAGUGCCUUCGAUAAAUUAUUAAGUGCCGAUAAUAAUACUCUUUUAUCACAUUUUAAUCCAAAAAUAUCGCGUACAAUCGACGAAUAUAAUAAUAAUAAUGACGAUCUCAAUUUAAAAAGAUCACAAGAAAAAUUCUCAGCACUUCGCGCAUUAAAUGAUCUCUAUAAUGUUCGUAAUAAUUUACAAUCACAAAAUUCAAUAGUCCCAUCAAAAUUAAAUUUACCAAUUAAAAAAACAAUAUCCGAUAAUAUUGAUUUAGAAAAUAGUAUAAUGAAAAAUGAUCCUUUAAUUGAAAAUUCAUCGAAAAAAAUUUAUGAAUCCACAAAAUCACAAUGGUUUAAUAAUAAAAAUAAUUCUGAAAUUGGCAAAUGGGUGGAAAAAACACAAGAAUUUCAAAAAAAAUCCGAAAAUAAUCACAUUGUCAAUAUUGAAAAUGAAAAUAGUAAAUCAAAUGAUGAGCGAGCAUUAAAUGAACUUUUAACACAAGUCGCUGAAUUAGAUCAAAUUUAUGCCGAUACAAAUACAAAAUUAUUAUCAAACAAUGUUGAUUUAAAUUUACAUGAAAUUGACAUUCAUGACAAUAUGACAUAUACGAGUUUACAAAUGGCAAUGAAAAAUCCAAUUGAAUUAUUUGAUUUAAAAAAUAAUGAUAAAGAUGAUGAUAAUGAGAAACGUAAUUAUGAUGAUGUGCCUAUUAAUAGUCCAAUUAUUGCCAUUAGUAAUAAUAAUAAUAAUAAUAAUAGUAAUAAUAAUGUGUCAUCUGCGAAAAGAGAUGAUUUUGAUGAACGAUUACCGCCCUUGCCACCAAAACGUAUUCGAAAAACUCCCUCGAUGCCAGUUUUAUCAGUAGCAAUGGCGCCAAUAGAAGUUGAUGUCGCAUCAUCAUCAUCAUCAUCAUUUAGAAAUGAUGGUGCUCCAAAUAAAAAUCUUCCUUCCCCUCCUGGCACAUUGCCAAAACAAGCAAAGCAGGGACUGUUCUCAAAGUUGUUUGCUAAAAAGCAAAAAAAAGAAAGAGACACGAUGAACAUAAAACAAUUGCCAAAUGUCAGUGAUAGUUUAACGUCCUUGAAGAAUAACAAUGAUCAAAUUGCAAUGCAUAAUAAUAUACAAUUGCCACGACCAAGUAUGACAAGUAUAACGAGUGUUAAAUCGUUAAAAUUUGAUGGUGACGAAUCACCGCCUUAUGGCAUUGAAUUAACAGAGGCUGAAAAUUAUGCUCUUUACACUGAUAUGGCACCACACGCGACUGCCUCUGAAUUUGAUGAAUUGUCCUUUUAUUAUUCACCAGUUGAGGGCGGUAAAAUUUUCACUAAAGAAACUUGAAAAUAAUAAUCAAAGCUGGGCUCUUGAAAUUAACUCAAAAGAGUCUUUCAUUCUUCUCGAGUUUACUUACUCGAUGAGAAAAAAAAAACAUCUUGAAGCAAUUUGUAAUUUGUUUGUUCCAUUAUGUCUCUCAAAAUUUAAUGAUUAGAGAAUUUAUAAAAUGUUUGAAUUUCCAUUUAGCCGCGAAUUUUAUAGAGAAUUUUUAUCAAAAGCAAAUUUUCAUUGUAGAGAAAUUUUAUUUCAUGGAUUUAAAAAAAAAAAAAAAAAAAAACUUCUUCUAUAGACAGAGAUUUCUUUUAGCUGCAAAUUUUUAUUUUUCAAAUUUAUUUUUGAAUGGAAUUUAAAUUAACACACAUUUUUUAUUUAAUAGAAUAUUUAUUUUAAAGAAUUCUAUCGAAUAUAAAAAAUUUGAGCAAAUAAAAAAUAGAAAUAGGAAAUUUUUGCAUUUCAAAAAUUUGAAUCACUUAAAAUUCUUGUUGAAUGAGAAUUUUUUUAAAUUGAAAUUCGAUUAAUUUAGAAUUUUUUUUAGCAAAAAAUUCUGUCAAUUUUACUAAUUUGAAAAAAUUAAAAUU